AACAGAAACUAUCUCAGCCCACAUGCGAAGACCCGACCCAUUAGAGAAUCAUAGCUGAGAUGGGCUACGGGUCACAACCGAAGAGCUGGACGAGGAAGGAUGUUGCGCGGCAGCCGAAGCCAUUUUCGCCUGACGUCCAUAACCGGGAGGGAGACUAGUGCUUAUCGUCCCAACUCCCAAGCUUCAUUUUUAACUCUAACCUUGUUUACCCGCCUCUUAUUAAUUUAUAACUCAGAAAACGCCAUGGAGCCUCGAGGACUAAGAUCUUUACCUCCAUUAAUGACGACGAUAUGCGCGAUACUUGCGCUCCUGAUCCAUGGCGCUCGCUGCUUCUACCUUCCUGGCGUCGCUCCUGAGGAUUUCGUCAAGGGAGAUGAGUUGAAAGUGAAAGUGAACAAAUUGACCUCUACAAAAACUCAGCUUCCUUACUCAUACUAUUCUCUUCCUUAUUGUCGCCCAUCCAAGAUUUUGGACAGUGCAGAGAAUCUUGGGGAAGUGCUUCGUGGUGACCGUAUAGAAAAUUCCCCUUAUGUGUUUAAAAUGCUGGAGCGAAAGAUGUGCCAUACUGUUUGCCGUCUUAAACUUGACGCCAAAAUUGUGAAGGAGUUCAAAGAGAAGAUAGAUGAUGAGUAUCGCGUCAACAUGAUCCUUGAUAACCUUCCUCUUGUGGUUCCAAGACAAAGGUUGGAUCAGGAAUCUCCUACUGUGUAUCAGCUUGGCUUUCAUGUUGGUCUCAAAGGCCAAUAUAGUGGGAGCAAGGAGGAAAGGUAUUUUAUCCACAAUCAUUUGGCAUUCAAAGUCAAGUUUCAUAGAGAUUUGCAAACUGACUCUGCAAGAAUUGUUGGAUUUGAAGUUAAACCUUUGAGUGUUAAGCACAAAUAUGAAGGAAAAUGGAAUGAUGAGAAAACUCGGUUAACAACCUGUGACCCCCAUGGAAAUGUUAAUUCCAACACUCCUCAAGAAGUUGAAGAGAAAAAAGAAGUUAUUUUCACAUAUGAUGUUGAAUUCCAGGAGAGCGAUGUGAAGUGGGCAUCUAGAUGGGAUACCUAUCUUUUAAUGAGUGAUGACCAAAUUCAUUGGUUCUCAAUUGUCAAUUCACUGAUGAUUGUCUUGUUUCUUUCGGGCAUGGUGGCAAUGAUCAUGCUACGCACACUUUACCAUGACAUAUCCAAGUACAAUGAACUUGAGACCCAGGAAGAAGCCCAGGAAGAAACUGGAUGGAAGCUUGUCCAUGGAGAUGUUUUCAGGCCACCAUCCAAUUCCGAUUUACUCUGUGUCCAUGUUGGAACAGGUGUUCAAUUUUUUGGAAUGACCCUUGUUACCAUGAUUUUUGCAAUUCUAGGGUUCCUUUCUCCAUCAAACCGAGGUGGCCUUAUGACUGCCAUGCUCUUACUUUGGGUUUUCAUGGGCCUUUUUGCUGGUUAUGCCUCUGCUCGUCUGUACAAAAUGUUUAAAGGAACAGAAUGGAAGAAAACUGCUUUUAGGACUGCUUUUAUGUUUCCUGGAAUCGUCUCUGCCAUUUUCUUUGUCUUAAAUGCUCUCAUCUGGGGCCAGAAAUCAUCUAGGGCUGUGCCAUUUGGGACCAUGUUUGCUUUGGUAUUUUUAUGGUUUGGGAUUUCAGUUCCGCUUGUGUUUGUUGGAAGUUAUAUUGGGUUAAGAAAGCCAGCAAUUGAGGAUCCUGUGAAGACAAAUAAAAUUCCAAGACAGAUUCCAGAGCAGGCUUGGUACAUGAACCCAGCCUUCUCAAUUCUAAUCGGAGGAAUACUUCCUUUUGGAGCUGUUUUCAUAGAGCUCUUCUUCAUCCUCACCUCAAUAUGGCUGAAUCAGUUUUACUACAUCUUUGGUUUCCUCUUCCUAGUGUUCAUUAUCCUCAUUGUCACUUGUGCGGAAAUAACUGUAGUGCUUUGCUACUUCCAGUUGUGCAGUGAGGAUUACCUGUGGUGGUGGAGGUCAUACCUUACAUCUGGCUCCUCAGCGUUAUAUCUCUUCCUUUAUGCAACAUUCUACUUCUUCACAAAGCUUGAAAUAACGAAGUUUGUUUCUGGGGCGUUAUACUUUGGCUACAUGCUAAUAGCAUCAUAUGCUUUUUUUGUGCUAACUGGCACCAUUGGGUUUUAUGCUUGCUUUUGGUUCACAAGGCUUAUCUAUUCAUCAGUGAAAAUUGAUUAAUUCUGGCUGAUCCUUCUCUUCCCCAAAACAGGGAUAACUAAAGCCAUUGGUUUCAAGGAAAGGUACUGCUAUUUCUUACAUUUCUUCACGGAAAGGAAUCACCAUGCUGUGCGUUCUCACAUGAUCGGUAUGCAGGAAGAAAGCACCCCAAGAUUCAACAUGGGCAAAAAUGGUUCGCUUUACAGGUCUAACUACACUGGUUUUGUCACUUCUACGCCUGCCUGCCCUUCCCACACUUGGACAAGAAUGGAAGCUCUGAGGAUCCCUGAGCAAAGGUUCACCGUUGAAAUGCUAGUCUCAGUGUUGGCCCAAAUCCACCAUUGAUUAGUUUAAAGCAAAACAUAAGUGAUUAGUUUUGGUUGUAUUAUCAUUUUCAUGAUUUUCCCCUGCUCUU